CUAAAACCAAGACAAGCUAUUAUCUUUACCAGAAUUAAUUAAAAACCAACAUGCUGAAAGCAUAGGAUAACAGAAGAAUACUACAGCAUCAGAGUAGUUUUGAAAGAAAUGGUGGUUGAAGAGAACAACAGCAACAACAAUGGUGGGUGGGCACCAAUAGGGUCUCCAAUGAAUGUGAAUGUGCAGAGCAGAGAUGACUCCCAUUUGACCAACUUUGAGAGUUCAGUCAACGUUGUCUCCUUUGGCUUUGUGGCCACUGCCAUCCUCAUCUCCAUGUUCCUUCUCAUGGCCAUCUUUGAGAGGUUCCUUAGACCCAACAACUCCGAUGAAUUCUCCCCUUCUGCUCGCCGGACUUCCACUGAUCUUGAGCCCCAGAUGGCCUUUCCCGGCAAGCUUGGCCACCCUUCACCCAAAAGUGCUUUCUUUCAUGCCAAAAAGUGCUUUCUUUCAUGCCAAAAGUGCUUUCUUUCUUUGGUGUUUUACUGAUUUACUCUUUAUUACUCUCACAUUUUUCUGAGAAAUGCUGAUUGUUGCAAAGUGCUGUUUUUUACUUCAAAAGUCUUGCCUUUUUUUUAUUCGGGGUAGCUAAAUUUGGGUUUUGGAUAAUUCAUGAUGAGGAUUUUCUGACAAAAGAUGAAGAUUUAGUUUCCUAAUUCUGGUUGGCGAUAGCAGUGAAGAUGAAGGGGAGAUAGAGUUGAGAGUGUGAGAUACUGGGUUGGGAAGAGGAUUAGAAUUCAAAGGGGUAAAGGAAGGGGAUUAGGGUUCAGAAAGGGGGAUUUUGGAUUGAGGAGGGGGAAGUGCGUUGGAGAUGGAGGAUUAGGAUUAGGGA